AUGGAAUCCACCGCCUCAAACCACAAUAUCCCAUCCAGUGAUGACCAGCCAUCAGAGUCUAUUGGACUCUUGGGCAAGAAAUCAGACAUUUUGGUCACCACAAAGACUAUAGAUCAUUCGAAGUCGACAACGAGUUCAGAGUCAUCGUCAUCAUGCUCAUCGUUAUCCUCAGAAAGUUCCUCACACUCAGUGAGAGUGUAUGGAACUCAACAUGAAAGAGCCGAGGAAGACGAUGUGGAGGAGGCUAUUCCGCCGAAGGAAACACCAGCAAAUAGGAAAGGCAUGCUACGUACCAUUAUGGUGCUGACAAUCGGUGUUUUCAUAUUCCACGCAGAUACUUCCCUUGUGAUGGCGACUCACCCAACCAUUGCAUCGGAGUUCGAUGCACUAGACUCCUCAAGUUGGUUGUUCACAGCUUUUGCUCUUGCAGGCGCUGCGACACAGAAUACGGUGAGCAAAUUGGGCGACAUUUUCGGGCACAAGCGUACGAUCUUGACCUGCUAUCUGGUAUUUGCCAUCGGUUGUUUAGUGGUUGGCCUUGGUCAAUCAAUGCCACAGGUUAUCCUAGGCAGGAUUAUAUCUGGCAGCGCAGGAGCCGGAAUGACUGUGCUGGUUUCCAUCAUUAUCACAGAUCUCGUACCUAUUCGAGAAGUAGCCAGCUGGCGAGCGUUUGUGAACAUUCUAAGCACACUGGGACGGAGCAUUGGAGCACCUCUUGGUGGUUGGCUAGCCGAUAAAGUUGGCUGGAGAUUCUCCUUUAUUGGCCAGGCUCCGCUCAUGCUUCUGGCCAUGCUCUGUGUUGGACUGACAGUUCCGUCUAAUGUGUCGACCAAGGACGAUGAAGAGCAACAGAAAUCAUCGAUCUCAGAAAAGCUAGGUCGGAUUGACUUCCUGGGAGCUCUUUUUUUGGGACUUUUGAUCCUUUCCUUGCUACUUCCACUCGAGAUUGGGGGAAUCAUCAUCCCAUGGAGCCACCCCGCCAUUCCUACGUUGGUUGUCAGUGCCAUGAUAUUCUUCGGGAUAUUUAUUCUGAUUGAGCAAAGUUGGGCUAAGGAUCCUGUUCUUCCGCUCGAGAUAUUCUACAACAAGGGCGUGGUGUUAUCUAUUGGCAUUAUGGCUCUGCAAGUUGCUGCUCAAUCUGGUCUCAUGUUCUCUGUGCCUCUGUAUUUUCAAGUCACUGAACGGGUAUCAAACACGGAAGCCGGUGCUCAUCUUUUCCCCGCUGUCUUCGGCAACACUAUCGCUGGAAUACUCUCAGGGGUAGCGAUACAAAGGAGCGGAAAGUAUAAGACCAUUAUGAUCAUUGGUACUCUUUUGGCAGGAUCAUGCUAUAUCCUUGUUUCACUUCGGUGGAAUGGAAAUACUGGCUGGCCUGAGUCUCUCUACAUUAUUCCCGGGGGGUUUGGCACAGGACUGGUGCAAAGUGCCGCUUUUAUUUCACUGCAAGCGAGUGUCGCUAAGGAGACCAUGGCAUCAGCGAUAUCUGCACUCUACCUCUUCACUGGCUUGGGCGGCAUCCUUGGACUUGCCUUAUUGAACUUUAUCCUGCAAGCCGUCUUGCGAGCUGGCUUCGAAGCUCGGCUUGUUGCCCUGGGUGUCGAUGCUGCAAAACGCAAAGAGAUCAUCGACAAAGCCACUGCGAAUGUCGACUACAUCGAUCAAUUGCCAGCCCGGCUUGCACAAGCACUUGUUGGAUCUUAUGUCCAUGCGCUCAAGUGGACGUAUGGAGCAUCACUUCUUUUUGUCACCAUUGGACUGAUAUUUGCACUUCUUGUGAAGCAACGCAAGCUUCAGUGA